CUAUCGUUUGCAUUACUGUCUACUGAUUGCUGGUAAUGCUUGAAGCCCAGAGGACGACAGUGAGGAAUACAAUCUCCCAUUUAAUUAGAGAAUGCAAGACCCUGAGAGAGCUCAAGCUGGUCCAUGCCCGGAUCAUAAAAUCGCCAUAUUUGCCCAGAAACGAUCAAGAGUUUCUAAUUACUCGACUCCUCUUUGUCUGCGCUCUUUCCGAUUCUGGUUCUCUGAGCUAUGCAACUGAUAUUUUCCGUUUCAUAGGGAACCCAAAUAUCUCUGCGCAUAACAUAAUGAUCAGAGCCUAUGCAAAUCGACUUAAUGAUGCCCAUCCAUGCCAGCCUCUGAUACUAUACAAAGAAAUGCUCUUUAAUGGCAUUGCACCCGAUUGCCUUACUUUUCCUUUCCUUUUAAAGGAAUGCACGAAGAAGCUCGAUGGUUGCUUAGGUCGUGGGAUCCAUUGUCAAGCCAUCAAGUUUGGAUUGUGUAAUGACCUUUACGUCCAGAACUCCAUGAUCACUCUGUACUGCGCAUGUGGGUUUUUGGUUGAUGCCAGGAAUCUGUUCGACGAAAUGUCUGACAGGGACGUGGUUUCCUGGAACUCCAUGAUCAUCGGGUGUUUGAGAGGUGGGGAUCUUGACUCAGCUAAGAAUUUAUUCAGAAAGAUGAAAAACAGAAAUAAUAUCACAUGGAAUUCAAUGAUAACAGGAUUUGUUCAAGCCGGCCAAGCCAAGGAAGCAUUGGAACUUUUUCACCAAAUGCAGAUAGUAAACGAUGAUUUGGUUAAACCAGAUCAGAUCACCAUUGCUAGUGUGCUUUCAGCUUGUUCUUACCUGGGCGCAAUUGAUCACGGCAAGUGGGUUCACAGCUUCUUGAAAAGAACCAGCAUGGUACGCGAUACAGUUAUCAGAACAGCUCUGGUCGACAUGUACGGCAAAUGUGGUUUGAUCGAGAGAGCUUAUGAAGUCUUUAACGAAAUGCCAGAGAAGGAUACGCCUGCAUGGACAGCUAUGAUAUCAGUCUUUGCUCUUCACGGACAUGUAAAAGAAGCUUUCAAUGUCUUCCAAAAGAUGAAAGAAGCAGGAGUGAAACCCAACCAGGUAACAUUUGUUGGGCUCUUGUCAGCUUGCGCUCAUUCGGGUUUAGUACAGAAAGGUCGCUCAUUUUUCGACACAAUGCGGUACGAGUACUCAAUGCAGCCGCAGGUCCACCACUAUGCUUGUAUGGUGGAUAUAUUAAGCCGAGCUGGGCUUUUAGGGGAGGCAGUGGAGCUAAUCCAAAGCAUGCCAAUGAAGGCGGAUGUGUUCGUGUGGGGAGCAUUGCUUGGUGGCUGCCAAAUGCAUGGGAAUGUGGAGAUAGGAGAAAAGGUGGCGAGGUAUUUGAUUGAUUUGGAGCCUUCGAAUCAUGCUUUUUAUGUUAACUUGUGUGAUUUGUAUGGAAAAGCUGGUAGAUUUGAUGAUAUGAAGAGAGUCAGAAGGUUGAUGAAUGAGAGAGGGAUUAAGAAGGAAGCUCCUGGUUGUAGCAUGAUUGAAAUUGAUGGAGUUGUUCAUGAAUUUUCGAUACGAGGAUCCUGUGAUGUCCAGAUGGAGGAGAUUGUAGAGGUUUUGACGGGAUUGUACGAUGAAAUUAGGAUUUUUUGUACGAAUAAUUAUCACUUAACUUAAAUAUAUUGAUAAGUUAAUUUUACUAA